AUGGCUUUCGCAAGACAAACCCAGUCUGGAAACACCUUCCAGCUCGCCAUCAAAGGAUGGACAACAAGCAAACUGUCAGCCACCAAAGACCAAGGCCUCGAUUCCCUGCUCGGCUUUUUGGAAAAGAAGUCCGGCCGCAAAAUCCUCUCUUCUCGCAUGGCCGGUCGCACAGUCCUACUCAUCACUAUCAACGAACACGACAAAGAUCGGUUCUAUCAUUUGAACGGUUUCACGUGGGCGGGAGCAACCCUUGUGGUUGAAGACUCGAGACCUCCACGAAGCCAACAAGUCCAAUCUCAAAACCAAUCCCUCGACGCACGAAUCUCUCAGCCAGCAAGAAAUGGCUUUGGCUUUCAAAAUGGCGCAUCGUCGCAUCCACCAUCCGGACCGCGGGGCCAACAAUUUGGUCACCAAAAUCGAUCCCUUCAAAACACGCCACGAGACUCUCGUCGCAACAGCAACAAUCCUCUGACUCUGGAAGUCGAAAACAUCAUCAUCUCAGUCAUCCGAAAACGCUAUCACGCUGGUGAUAGACAUCUCAUCCUAAACGCCCUCGUGGCCGAUCCCGAGCUCUUGACCUCCGGUCUCUCCGAUCAAGACGCAUCCAAAGUUUACAAAGCCAUUUUCGCUCUCUGCGAAACCAAGAUCUGGGAAACCGAACCCAAACGAACAGAAGCUGUCGUCAGCGUCAGUCUUCGAGACAAUGCAAUCAAGACAGUCCAAGACAUCAUCUCUCUUGCCAGUGUUUUCCCACACAUCCACAAUCUCGACCUAGCAAACAACAACCUGGAAGACCUGGGUGCCCUCAAGUUCUGGAAGAACCAGUUCCGCGAACUCGAACAUCUCAUUCUCACGGGCAACCCUGUGGCUUCCAAACCUGACACUCUCCAAACACUCAUCAAAUGGUACCCAAAUUUGAAAAUGUACAACAACGAGCCUAUCACGGCUCAACUUCAAUCUCAACUUCAAUCUCAACUUCAAUCUCAACCUCAACCACAACCACAACCUCAGCCAAUGGGAGCAAUGGCGGCACCUGCGCCAGUGCAUCCCGAAAUCCCACCAGGGUCAACGUUCGGAGUCGCCCAACCAGACAAGCCCGCGGAGGUACUCCUCCGCGAACAAAUGGGCCUCCAAUUCAGCUUCGAGACAGGCCUCAAGCUGCAAUGGGUGGAAACCUGCCUGGCAGCCAACAACUGGGACUAUGGGUUGGCAAUGGCCAACUUCGCCCAGUUAAAAGCUGCGGGACAGAUCCCGCCGGACGCGUUCCUCGUGGCGGUCUAG